UCUUUACAAUAAGACAAUUUACGUUUUAUUUUAUUCUUAAUGGCUUUUUUCACGACCAAAUGUGUGCUGCUGUGGAGUAAAUUUGGGGUGUAAGACUCUUAAAUCAAUCUAGGAAUAAUUUAAUCUUCAACAGCAUCGUGCGACUUAUUGGACACGCCCAUUGCUUCCUAAUUCCCCUGGACUAGGAUAUUAAUGCACUAUUAUUGUUUCAUGUUUGCUGUGACUACACGCCCUCAAACACACACACUGUAUUUAUGCAUCAUCUGGGGUCCCUUUUGCCUCCUGCACAUUGCACAGGACUAAUAAAGAAACGUAAUAUUAGAUUGCAUAUUUUCAUAUUUUAUUGCACAAACCUAUCCAACUUAUCAUGAUUAUGCAUUUGAGGUGAAAUUCUAUUGGCAUAACUCCUAGUCUUUUCACUGUGUAAUAUAUAUAUAUUGCAUGCUUAUGGUUGUAGAUGUAAAUAUCUAUGAAUGCUCUGCAGCUACAUGUUCCUGGAAUGAUCUAUCUGGCAGAAAAGGAUUUGAAAAGCAGAGGGAGAAACAUGCAUGACCAAUCAAACCACAGACAGACUCUGAGCGUCAUGAGAUCACAUUACUGUCUGUUCACGCUUCCUGCCAUGCUGGAUCUCUCCCUCCCUCUCCAUCUCUUUUUAUCUCUUCUUUUCUGUUUCAAACUUUUUUGACUUGAUUGGUUUGCAAAAAUGGCAACAUCACUGACAGAAAUGGCAAUUUAAUCAAAAGCAGUAUACAAUAUAGAAAACAUAUACUAUAAUAACAUGCAGUGUGCAGCUCAUAUAUAGAUUACACUGCAAUAAUGAUACUUCAUAACUGCCCUCCUCUUUUGCACUCAACGCAGAAGUGUCAGUUACAUCCCAAAGCGCUGAAGCCAGUCACAGGUUUAUGGUUUAGAGAGACCCCGAGGACAGAUUCUCUCAUUUGUACACAUGCUGAACAUUCAAGGGAAGUUGAGUCUGCAUAUUGUGAUGCACUAUUCAUUUAAAAACGAUGCUAUAUGGUUACGCUUUUAUUACAGUGCUUACGUUUUAUCACUGGCCAGUGCAUAAGCAAAUUUACACUCUCAAAUUAGUUGUUAUUGUAGAAGCAACGCAGAAAUAAAGGAUGAUUUUCAGAGCAUCUGGGGGUUGCGCACUGGUUAAGAUUAAACUUUAAUGAGAAUGAAGUCACAGUGGGAGUUUGAUUAAUUUUCCAUUGUGCACUGUAGGGCAUUGUUUCUCUUACUGGGGCUUUUUUAGGCCAUACAUUAUACGAGAGGCCUGCCAGUGUUCACUGCUAUAAGAUGUCACUGCACCCUAAACAUGUUCAGCAAGUUCACCAUGGUUGACUAGGUCAUCUAGAUGUUUUCAUAUUUCCUAUUACCUUUUUAUAUUUUAGUGGUGUGCUUUAAUUGUUGGCAGUGUGUUAAUUUCUGCAGUAAAACCCCUUUCUGAUAGAUUGCAUCUUUAAAUGUACCCCUUUAAAGGGACAGUUCACCCAAAAAUGACAAUUCUCUCAUCAUUUACUCCCAGAUGUGCAUGACUUUAUUUCUUCUGCUUCAAAUGAAGAUUUUUAGAAGAUUAUCUGAGCUAUGUAGGUCAACAGCAUGCAAGGGAAUGGGGUCCAAAACUUUUAACUUAAAAAAGCACAUAAAUCCAGCAUAAAAGUAGUCCAUAUGACUCCAGCGGUUUAGUCCAUGUCUUCUGAAGCAUGCGCAAUUUUGGGUGAGAACAGAUUUACAGUGAAAACAAACAUUUACAUUUUGGUCUGACCUUACCCAGAGCCUCUUACCUUAGAUCGCUUCAGAAAACAUAGCCGCAUCACUGAGUCUUAUGGAUUAAUUUAUGCUGCCUUUAUGUGCUUUUUGGAGCUUAAAAGUCUUGGUCACCAUUAACUUGCAUUGUAUGGACCAACAGAGCUAAAAAUCUUCAUUUGUGUUCUGCAGAAGAAAGAAAGUACCACAUCUGGGAUAGCAUGAGGGGAACAUUUUCAUUUUUGGUGAACUAUUCCUUUAAAGCUCUGCCACUACAUCCAUACACAUGCCGACCGUAUUAGAAUAAAAUCUUGUUCUCAGUAGUGUAUACUGCUUUAGACUUAUAUCUGCCUAUAAUCUGACACCGUUUGUUUUUAUACUAAACGGCCGGUGUAUGGAUUCAUAUGUGCUCAUCUCGCGUGCCGUUAUUUCUGACAUCAUGUCAGAUGAUUCGAUUAAAACUGCAUAUAGAGUUGCAGCACAGGAAGGGUUUAACUACAUAUUAUUCAUGUGUAUUUUUAUAUUCUAAAAUAAGCUCUAGUUUCCAGGAAAGUGUGCAGCAUUUGUUUUUUGAUUUGUUUGCUUGUACAAUUAGACAAACCCUUCACACAAGUGUGUUUGUUAGUGGAUAUCAAACCUUUGUUAAGGGUUGUUAUGAAUCAUGACACAGUAACUUAUGUUGCGAUACUACACCAGAUAAACUUUAACAGAAUAAUACCUCAGUCCUAAAGUCUUGUUUAUUCAGAUAAUAAUAGCUCCUCUCUGCUGAUGUAAUCUGAUAUUACUAUAUAAGAUGUGCUGAUCAUACUGAGAACUCUGCAUUGUUUGGAGGAUGAUUUUCAACAGAGAGUUGUUAAAGUUACUGAUUGUAUAAAGACUUCCUGUUUCUCUAAUUCAGAUUCUUUAAGUUGCAGAGAGGGGACAGGAGUCGGAAACUGUGAAAAUACUCUCUAGGUGUCCCUAUUAUAGCUGACUGAUGACCAUGGAGUCGGGGGCCCAGCAGGGUGUAGAUACUGCUGAGACUGAGAGCCAACACAUCACCCAGGCCCAGCUUGCCACUCUUGCACAGGUGACAAUGGCUGCAGGACACUGUAGCACCUCGGGACCCACAGUUACACUGGUGCAGCUCCCCAAUGGUCAGACGGUGCAGGUGCAUGGAGUGAUCCAAGCUGCUCAGCCUUCAGUCAUUCAGUCUCCACAGGUGCAAACUGUGCAGAUUUCCACUGUAGCGGAGAGUGAAGAUUCGCAGGAGUCGGUGGACAGUGUGACUGACUCUCAGAAACGGAGAGAGAUCCUUUCCAGACGCCCCUCGUAUAGGAAAAUCCUGAACGACCUGUCAUCAGACGCUCCGGGAGUUCCGAGAAUCGAAGAGGAGAAAUCCGAGGAGGACGCUGCACCUGCCAUCACUACAGUGACUGUCCCAACCCCAAUAUAUCAGACCAGCAGUGGCCAGUACAUUGCUAUUACGCAAGGUGGAGCCAUUCAGCUGGCGAAUAACGGCACAGAUGGAGUGCAGGGAUUGCAGACUCUAACUAUGACCAAUGCAGCAGCUGCACAGCCAGGCACCACCAUCCUGCAGUACGCCCAGACCAGUGAUGGUCAACAGAUACUGGUGCCCAGCAAUCAAGUGGUAGUCCAAGCUGCUUCUGGAGAUGUUCAGACCUAUCAAAUCCGCACUGCACCUACCAGCACUAUUGCCCCAGGUGUGGUCAUGGCCUCCUCCCCUGCCCUGCCAAGCCAAGGAGGUACUGAAGAGGUCACACGCAAGAGGGAGGUCCGUCUCAUGAAGAACAGAGAAGCUGCACGUGAGUGCCGUCGAAAGAAGAAGGAAUAUGUCAAGUGUCUGGAGAACCGUGUGGCUGUUUUGGAGAACCAGAACAAAACACUAAUCGAGGAACUCAAAGCUCUCAAAGACCUUUACUGUCACAAAUCAGAGUGAUGCCUGUUCCUCAUACAGAGACUGAAGGGCCAGACACAGACGCAUGUUUUCUAAAUGUUUUAAUAUUUGUAAUUGCUGCAGACUGCCUGUAUGAACACACAAAUACAGGAGGGAACUGAACAGAAGACCCCCCUGGCCAUUGGAUCAUGUCAUUAAUGACAAAAUAAUGCUGAAAUCUUUGCUGUGGACUUGAAAAAGUACGUCUGUUCCAUCUUUACUUCUGAACUCAAACCAAGACUCGGAGAAGUUUCUGGGAAACGUUUUACUUUUAUUCUUCCGGUGUGCUGGUAUAUAAGCAGUCAACAUCUUUUAAAAGAGAUUUAAAAAAAUGAAAAAGAGGACGAUUUAACUGACAUCUCUUUAGUAUGGUAGACAUCAGGAGUCGGCAUCAUCCCCUUCAAAAGGUUGAACGUGUCGGACUGUUACUUUUAUUUGGUGUAUAGUGCUCUUGUGUUUUAAGUUCAUGUUUUUAUCUUUAAAUAUCAACCAUCUUUCGAAACGAUAUAAAUAUAUGUUUAUAGAAUAUAUGUCAUUUAUUAACUGAUAUAGGUGUGUUUUAUUACAUGAUCAUGAUUAAAGCCCAUGUAUAUGUCGGUUUUGACCAAUUUUGCUCAUCUUGGAUGGCAAACUAAAACUUUUGCAGCUAAUUUAACUGCUAAGGACCCUGCCAUUGCCGUAGCAACAGUUGCACAGUGUUAAAGGGUUAUUAUGUUUUUGGCAUUUGGUCACUGACACACACAAAUGCACAGUUACAAAAUCAGGAAUUUCACACACAGACGUGAAUUUGUUUCGUAUAACAUUUAUGAGGCCGAGACGUUUCUUCAUAUUUGUUCAAUACAUUCGGCAGGUCAGUUUUGUGUUAUGAUUUGUGUAUCACAGAACUGCAUUCUAUCUCUGGCAUUAUUAUGCCAAAGCAUGUUUUAUAAGCAUUACAUGAUUUGAUUUUUUUGUUUUUUAUCGUAAUAUGGUACAUUUUUCCAUUGCAUCAAUACAAACUUGGAGUCAGUGUCUUUGUAUUUGAUAACGUGAUCACAGAUGUAAAGAAUACAUGUCAUCUUUCUAUUAUGGCAUAAGCAUUUGGCAGCUAUUUCAUAAAAAAGAUAUAUACAAAUCAUUUCUCUUCGUUUCUGUUUUUCCUUUAGCUGUUUGUCUGCGUUUUGUUUGUCAACUUGUUUUUCAAAAAACUAUUGAACAGUUGGUAACUUAAGUUAUGGAUCGUGUUAAUUUUACAAGAUGCCUCAGUUUGCCCGAAAUAUUUCAGUCCUGGACAAAAUAAUAGUUUAAAAAAAGAGAAAAUAAAAAUCAGACUGUACUUCUUAAAUUCAGUAAUUAUUGUCUUUGAAUUUGGUGGAGGAAAUUUAAAAGGUAAUGAUGUUUAACAGCAAAUUAACAUUUGAUUGGAGUGUGAUAUUUUACAGAAAGUCUAGGAAACAAGCAGAUUAUGUAUUAAAAAUGCCUGGUAACAGUUCAAAGACAUUGCUUUGUAAUGAGAUGUACAUAGUGGCAUCUGUUGGUGAGAGCAUCAUAUCCCUCCCCGCAUACAUUAUUAGGUUUCAUACCGUCUACCUGACGUGUCAUUUAUGUGUUAAAUCAAGCGUGACAAAUUAGAGAAUCUCUCCACAGCACAUUCACCAUCUGCUCUUUUGCUGUGCACAAGCUCACACUGCACUGAACCUGAGUUCACAAAACCAAUUACUUUCUGACACCAGAUCUCCUAAAUCUGAACUGGCUCAUCUAAGAACACACUGUUUGUAAAUGCACUGGACUCAACUUUUAGAGAAAUGCAAAUUCUGCCUGUUUUCAUUAAUAGUACAAAUGUUCUCUAUAUAUUGAUGGACUGUUUUUUCAGUAUUUCUCUUGUUUGUAUUGAGGGUUACCUAUUGCCAUGCUGGCUAAAGAAACCUCUGAAUAUGCGUGUUGCCUUCCUGCAUAUGCAAGGCCAAUCAAUCAAAAGCAAUGUUGUGUGGAUGAACACAUCGUGCACUUUUUGUAUGAUCACUUUCUCCUUUUGGACACUAUUUACAGUCAUGUAGGGUUUUAUAGUGUUUCAACGGUCUAUACAUGUAUUGUAAAUACUCUGUUACAUUACUUACAUUUGUAAAAGCUUAACACUAUAUAACUGUUACAUUAUGUUACCCCACACACACAC